GAGUUGAGAGCUAAAAAUGGGUUUUUGCCCAGUUUGGCACCGCAUAUAAUAGUGCCGUUUGGACCACUAGGUUAGCUCGCUUCCGCUCGCCAAUUAACCCUCGGCGCGCAUGCGCAGCGAGGGUUAGUGACACGCGGAUGAUACUGCGCGUGCACACUCUAAUAAAACCGUCUGCAGUUUUCUUCAGCUCGUUGUUGCAUGCAGAGUUCACAAGAAUGGCAGACAAAGAUCGCACUACUAGCGAAUUCGCAGGUGUCCGCUCACUGCACCCACUCGUAGUGGGCCACAUGUGCAAACAAGGGAAACGAAAUUUUGCAUUUGCAAAGCGGUACUUCGCCCUCUACGACGGCGGUCUUCUGGCGUACUACGACCACGAGCGAGACUACACGAAGGACGUGAAAAGGCACAAAGGAGUUCCUCUCAACUGUACACUGGUAAAGCUAGACGGUGCGUAUGUGACCAGACCCAAGGCUCCUCCUCACGGGAUAAAGCACUGCUUUAUCCUACACACACCAGAAAAAACUAACCAUAGAGAUGAGUUUCUCCUGGUGUGCCAGAAAAAGAAGGAUAUGAACAUAUGGAUUGAGCACCUUGUGGCCCAGAACACAAACGCGGCUCUCACAGCUAGCACCAAGAAGCAGAAGAUCCACCCCUACAUCCUGAGACUGAGGCUCCAAAGCUCUACUAACGGAAGUCUUGGACCGAGGAAGUGGCACUCUAUCUCAGACCUGAACUCAGACUGGCUGAAGAGAGCCAGCUACACCGGGAUCCCCGGAGAGGUCGCCUUCACCUUUCACGUGGCUUCUGAAACAAAGAUGUUAGAGUCACCGAACUAAGAGAGAACAAAAUUGCCAAACUCAAGCUCAUGUAUGUAUCAGCCAUAAUAGUUUGCAUUGUGAAGUGUAUUGAUAACGCUCCAUUUGUUAGUGAAAG